UUUUCAUUCGCGUUUGAGAAUCGAAUACGGAAGUGUCGAAAUUCUUAUUGAUCGUUUGCUCCUUAAGUCGAGCGUUGACUUGUAUAAUAUGUUUUGUUCUUAUUUUAAAAGGAAUAAGGAAUAAAAAUGUCCAAAUUAUGGUGAUAUACAAAUUACCCCCGUAGAAAGGACAUAUUCUCAGAAACAUGGCUGCAAGAGGAGACAAAGGAAAUGGAAAUGGCGAGGAGCAGAUUGUUGAGACUUUGGCUGAUGUAUUCCGUUGCUUCAUUUGUAUGGAGAAACUUGUGGAUGCACACCUGUGCCCUCAUUGUUCCAAACUCUGCUGCUACGCCUGUAUUCGUCGAUGGCUGACAGAACAAAGGUCCCAGUGUCCGCACUGCCGUGCAUCACUUCACCUUCAUGAACUGGUUAACUGUCGCUGGGUGGAAGAAGUCACACAGCAGAUAGAAACAAUGCAACAGACCAAUUCUGCUUGUCAAAGAGAUAGCUACAGAGAUAGAUGUCCAUCACAUCAGGAGAAGUUAUCAGUUUAUUGUUGGACAUGUCGGCGUUGCAUCUGCCACCAGUGUGCUCUGUGGGGAGGCACUCACUCAGGUCACACUUUCAAGCCAUUGGAAGAAGUCUAUGACCAACAUGUGACUCAAAUCCGAGAUGAGAUCUCACAGUUAAGACGUAGACUGUUGGAGCUUAUAAGCUUGUUUCAAGAUGUGGAGCGCAAUGUAGAAUCAGUGCGUGCGGCGAAAGAUGAGCGAGUGCGCGAGAUACGCAAUGCAGUGGAACUGAUGAUCUCAAGACUGGAUUCUGCCCUCAAAGCGAAGCUCCUGACACUGAUGGGACAGAAGAAUAGCCUCACGCAAGAGACUGAACAACUGGAGCAUUUGUUACAGGAGGUUGAACAUAAACUCCACACUAGCACCAGAUCCGAAUUAAUUACAAGGAGUGGAGAACUAAUGCAGAUGAUUCACCAAAUCCGAAAGAAGCCAAUGGCAAGCUUUGUCACUGCUCCAGUGCCAGCUGACUUCCAUAGUGAAAUCGUCCCGAGCUACGACAGCAGCACAUUUCCUCUCAGCAACUUCACGCAGCUGCAGCACGCUGCCGCUCCUGUAUACUCUUCUCCGCUCCAUGUGCAUGGACUCUGCUGGAGGCUCAAGGUGUACCCGGAUGGCAAUGGAGUUGUUCGGGGCAACUACCUCUCUGUGUUCCUUGAACUCAGUGCUGGACUACCAGAGACAACCAAGUACGAAUAUCGUGUGGAGAUGCUGCAUCAGGUGUCUCGCGACCCGUCCAAGAACAUUGUCCGCGAGUUCGCCUCCGACUUCGAAGUGGGCGAGUGCUGGGGAUACAACCGCUUCUUCAGACUUGACCUGCUAGCCAGCGAGGGAUACCUCAACCCUGAGAACGACACGCUUAUAUUGAGGUUCCAAGUGCGGCCUCCGACGUUCUACCAACGUUGCCGCGACCAGCAGUGGUACAUCAACCAGCUCAUAUCUAUGCAGAACCAGCAUGUUGUGCAAAUCAAUGAUCUCAAAGAAGUAGGUCAAUAUGUAAUCAUGUAGAAUGUAAUUUCCCAGCGAUGAAGAAUAAUUUAAAUAAUAGAAUUAGGAGGACAAUCCAGUAUUUGGAUCAUACAAAUAUGGCUCUUUGGCAACGCGAGACGAGUCUCUUGAUGACUCAAAAAUGGUUCUCUUUUGCAUUAUAUAUAUCGAGGUUAAAAUAUAGUAAAUACGACGUUUCACCUCCUAACGGGAAUGCGUCGAGUUAACAAUAACCCUGUAUGUUACACGGGUAUAAAAUAAGGGCAGUCAAAUAAUACAUAUGUGAACCAAAAUAAAUGAACACAGAUUUUAUAAAGAGCGAGCAUUUACAAUAUUGAGUUUUCGUCAUUGAAUGUUUUUUUUAUAACCAUGUUUAAAAAAAUUACAAACGUUGUUGAUAUUGCUUGACAACAUGAUAUACUAAUAAUUUUUUGAAAAUAAUUAUAAAGUUUGCUCUAAGUCUCACAGAAUAUCGUUUUUAAUUUAUUAUUAUUUAUAAUAUUGUGCCAAAAAUUAGGUAAAUAAUAUAGCUGCUAUGUUGAUUUUAAGAACUAUUCGAUUUUUUGAUGUAAAAUGCAUACGAUGUAACGUUAGACGUUUGUUUCACUAACCAGUCGCCAAAUAUAUUUAGUCCGUGUACCCGCUCUCUCUCUGACAACACCUUCCAGCGUCUCAGUCUGGAGAUAUCUCGCAACUCGAUCGCGGCCACGAGGCCCU